GUGGCGGGGAACAGCUGCUGUUUGACGGUUGGAGAGCGGCGGCUGGUUGGUACAAUGCUCCUGGAAUGGAGUUUUCGUAGCGUAGUAUAGCACAGCUCUCCGGUUAGACGUGAGGGGCCUGUCUCUGAGCUGAUAUUGAAAACUCCCGUUACUCUCCACACGGAGAGGGCUGCCUGCUGAACGGUUCCAGCGUUCUCUGCUCUGGCCUCUUCCUGUGCUGGAUCCUCCCGUUGGCUAAAGCCUCAGUGGUUAUAACGCGAGUUGCUGCAGGAACGCAGCAGGUCUGGCAACACCUUGGGGGAGAAAGCAGAGUUAACGUUUCGAGCCCGGUGAAUCUUUCAUCAGAACCAACUGCUUCUUCGUGGAUGGAGUGAUGCUGCGUCUAGCCUUCCUCCCGUAAUGUGCCCUUCACGGAUACCGCGCAGAGGUAUGCACCAGGAUGAGUUGCUGGCUCAGUUCAAAAAUUUCUGGCAACCGGUGAUUUUGGACAACAGAUUUCUCCACUGGACGUAUUGCAGCAUGCUUAUUUCCAGUGAUAUGAGUGUGUAAUAUUGAGUUGCCAUAGAGCGGCCCUCUCAUUGGAGAGAGUUAACGAGUGGUGAAUUAACCUGACAGCCGCCAUGCCUCAGAUGAGGGUUGAGGUUGCAAAAGCUGGACGUUCAUGAUGACCCUAGCUGUUGUGGAAAAUGAACCCAUAUUGUUGGUGGCACUCUGCAUUGUAAACCUGUCAUCCAUCCAAACUCAAAGGAUAAAGAAUUGCUGAACCCAAGGACCAGUGUCGUUAAACUUUGGCACGUCCAACAUUUCUGAAACAUCAAUGGCAAGCAUUACGCAAUUAUUUGGAGACCUCUGUGAAGCCCAGAUGACAGGCUUGUCAUGGAAGUGUUACUUGGGCAAAAGAAGACUCAACAGAAGACAAUUCAAAGAAAAAUUAAAAAGGGUUGUUUACAAUACGCUUUUCAUAAACCUUUUCCGAGAUGAAGCAACUCCAAAAUAUCAGUCUGAUAUCAGCAAACUGCCUGUGAAAAACAAAAUCUUGAUGCUAUCCUUCAAUUUGAGGGUGGCUGGCUUGGGCAUAGAAGCUGAUCGCUUGGAAGACCUUACAGAUCAAUUAGAAAAAUCAGUAUGUAUGUCACAGUCUGAUCUGAAUUCUGUCCUGGAAUUUCUGAUUGAGCUUGCAGGAACUGGACCAUAUCAACUUCACCCACAGAAAAGGGAUUAUUUCUUGAACAAUAAAAAUGUUGGAAGAAAUGUAAAACUUCAGGGCUAUGAUCACUACGAUGUGAGCCUAUUUGAGUCGGGCCUGAUAUCCUUCAAUUCCAACGAGGACUUUCAAUUUCACGAUCAUGUGCAACGUACCCUUCAGUUAAUGGAUGCGAAACCUGGCACUGGAUUACCUGGCAUUGGAUUAUUCUCCCAUAAUUACUUAGCUGGAGACAAGUAUGAAAAAGAAACACGAGUGUCGCUUUUUGGUGCACUUGUACGUAGUCGUACAUGUGAAAUGGAAAUUAAGUUGGAUUUGCCUGCAGUGCCAGAUAACAUAGAUAUCACUGGACUUAAAAUUCGGGUUCCUCAAAGCAUUGACCAGUCAGAAGAUGAAGGAUUUCAGUCAGCAUCCAAUCUUACUCCAGAUUCCCAGUCAGAGCCCAGUACAUCUCCUGACAUUGAUAUAUGGAGUGCAGUGCUGACUUAUGAACCCAGCAAAUAUAGAUGUUGGGAACUAAUUGGCUGUCCUCCAGGUAAAAAAGAGGAGCCCUAUCUUACUGAAGCAGGUCGAGAAGCUUUUGACAGGUUCUACCAAUUACGCGAAAGUGAGCUACAGCUUAUUGGUGGUACGCUGCUGCAAUCAACGCCAGCUAUACUUCAGAAAGAAUCUGAGUUAGUUAAAGAUGUCCUGAAUGUCCUUAUUGGUGUAGCGUCAAUGACUUUUUCUUUGAAUCAGUCUCUCCAGGCAUUUGUAGUUAAACAAGGCGUGUAUGUCUCUGGAACAUCCCCUGAGAGUAUGUAUAACCUCCUCUCUGAAUUGGCUGAAAAUGGAACGUACUACAACCGGCUCAGUCACUUCUCGCUUCAGCCAAUUCUUGACUCCACGUACAAUAAAGGCCUUGUUUUCCAGGCUUUUACAAGUGGAUUGAGGAAAUAUCUACAGUAUUAUAGAGCAUGUGUGUUAUCAACACCUCCAUCAUUGAGCCUUCUACCAAUUGUCUUUCUGUUCAGGAAACUGGGGCGCCAGCUAAGGUAUUUGUCUGAAUUGUGUGGGAUAGGAUCUAGUGCGUUGGCAAUAAACCGAGGAAAUUCAUCAUCUUUCCCCACUGGAGUGAAACUGUUGUCUUACUUGUAUAAGGAAGCUUUGAAUAACUGUAGCAAUGAGCACUAUCCAGUGCUACUCUCUCUGUUAAAAAGCAGCUGUGAACCAUAUACAAGGUUUGUCUAUGACUGGGUUUAUAGUGGCAUUUGCAGGGAUGCAUAUGGAGAGUUCAUGAUCCAGGUGAAUGACGACUACCUUAACUUUAGAGAUAAACAUUACUGGACCAAUGGAUAUGUUCUAGCUUCUAAAGAGGUUGAAGAGUGUGUCCCGCUUUUCCUCGCUCAUGUGGCUUAUGACAUCUACAUCUGUGGAAAAACUAUUAACUUGUUGAAAUUGUGCUGUCCAAUGCAUUACAUCUGUUGGUCUGACAUUCCUGUUCCCUCCAUCUCUGUCACCUUUUCCCUGGAAGAACUGGAGGAGAUUGAAAGAGACUCGGCUCUUUAUGUCAGACGAAUGGAAAGGAUAGCUCGUUACAACUCCAUCAGCAGAGAGGCACAGAAUCUGAGAAAGGAAAUUGCUCAGCAGGAGUUGAUUGUCCAAGCUCAACAGACAGCGACAAGAGCCAUGGCUACAUUUAGAACUAAUCUGAUAGCAGAAAGGAAGGCUUCUGAUGUAAAGAAGCGAGAGCAAUUCAUGGAGCUAAAAGAACAAUUUGAGAAGGACGUAGAGCGUCGAAACGCAGCAAAACGUCAAGAGAUGGAAAAAGACUUUAUGCAGACGCAGGCGAUUAGAGACCGGGAAAUAAAAGAAGAAGAAUUGGAGAGAAAGGCAAGGCAACAGUUAAUUGAACAUUACAGCAACUUAUCAGAGGAGGCCGCAAAACGAGGACAGAGAGCCUUGUGGAAAAUUCAAAGGCACAAGUUGGAAACUGCACGUACUGACUUUUUCCGUAAUGAUCAAAAAAAGCUUCAGGCAUUGCUAGAGAAGUUACCAUUGAGAGAACAGAGGGGGAAAUCGGAUGUAAUUCCUGGAUUCGACAUGCAGCAUCAUGAACCAUUGAAUAUAAGCUUUGAUUCUCAAGAGUCGAGCUUUGAGGCCACAUCAAAUGAAAACAAAAUACUCAACAAGAAGGAAAAUCUUUAUGCUCCAGUGAAUGAAGCAGCCUCAACUGUAACUGCACAGACUGAUUUACUUCGCUCCCAAGAAGGGCCUCAGCAAUCAAGGGCUCACCUUUAUAAGGUAGAUCCUGGACCUGUAGCUUUCCUGGACUCUGACUCACAAGAUCAGCCCGUUUGUCAUAAUCCAAAUCAGAAAGAAGUAUCCUUACUUGAUAUAAGUUUUGAGGAUUUUCUUCCAAGUGAGCAACAGCAACCUGGAACUGCCCUUGAAACAGUUAAACAAGCCACAAUACUUGACAUGGCUCUGCAGGAAAUAGGUUCAGAACUAUCGGAUGAGAGAAAAGAUAUUUCAAUUGACAAAGAUAAAUACGAUUUAAGUAUUGCUUUAACAGCUUCUGGAGGUUCUCAUAAAAUGUUACUGGACAGAAAACCUUCAGAGGGUGAUUCGGGGAUGCCCCAGUGGAAAGUUCACGGACAACAUUCGGAUUCACACAUCAGAGCUACAGGGUCUGCAACAGAUCACAAGCCUUCAGAACCCCAUACCAAUGUCCAUGGUUCUAUGCCUCAUUCAGACCUAAAUGCAAGUGAAUACGUAACCAGUGUUGAACCCAUCAGGCCACGAUGGAAUGUUUAUGGGCAUGUUUCAGAAUCUAACAUUAAGGUUGGUGAUCAUAUGUCUAAUGUUGAACCAUCUAGACCACGAUGGAAUAUUCAUGGGCAUGUAUCAAAAAGCAGUAUACAAGUUGGUGAGCAUGUUUCAAAUAUUGAGCAGUCUUGGCCACAAGCAAAUAUUCAUGGGCAUGCAUCACAAGCCAAUAUACAAGUUGGUGAGUAUGUUUCUAAUGUAGGACCAUAUCGAGCUAGAUGGAACAUCCAUGGCCAUGUGUCACAAAGCAACAUUCAGCUUGGUAGCGAUGUGUCUGAUAUUGCACUACCUGCGGCACAAUGGAAUACUUACAGUGAAUCAUCACAACCUCUGACUAACAUUGGACAACCUGCAUCUAAUGCAGAAACUCCUGGAUCUGGUUGGUCUUCUUUUCGGCAUCCUUCUUACUCCAAUAUCAGGAUAGGAGAAUGGUCACCAGACGUGGAAGCAAAUUUGAUCCCAAGGCAAAAAGUUUGUGUUGGUCCUUCAACUGGCUCUACAAUGCAAGACAUAUUGUAUCACAAAAACAGUGAAGUAGAAAGAAUGAUGUCAAAUAAAUCUAAUGAAGAACAAAAUGCAAAUGUUAUGCACACUACCAGCCCUGAAGAAAAUGUCAAAAACGCAGUCAAAUCUAAACUGAGCACAGCUCUUCCCAGUCCUGAACUAGAGCUGAAUGAAAAUCAAAAUGAUGAAAGAAAUGAAUCUCAAGGUAACUGUGAAAAUAUCAUAAAUGAUAGUUCAGAAAACACAGCAUCUUUCCAGCCUCUUCAGACCAUGUGCACUCAAGAUGAGAAUAAAAACCCAUUAGAACUACAAAGGUCUUGCCUUCAAGAAAAAAAUGAGUGUGAUUCAGAAUCCACAGAUGAAGUCCUAAUGGAUACAGCAAGUGAUCUUAUGAACUUUGCGACAGAACCUGCCCAAGAAGCAGCUAUUGAGAAUUCAACAUGGGAGAAAGAACAGGCCUACCUCAAAAGCUUGGCAGACCAGUAUUGUGUAGAACAUUACCGGGAUAAUUAUGAAUUGAUGUCUGAGCCACCUAUCACGCACCUACUUCAGAAUGUGAUAAGUGAACCCUAUUUAUUGGCCUUGGAUCCUUCAGUUCGUAGAGCAACAGAUGCGACAGCAGUGCAAGCAAGUAGUCUUAUCUCACUUCCAGUACUAAUGAAGCAUUCAAUAACAGCUCCUCUUAUAGCUCAUGCCUCUCUGGUAAAUAAAGCCAUAAUAGAUUACUUGUUUGUGGAACUGAACAUUGAACAGGACUUUGAAGCACUAAGACAUUUCCUUUUGAUGGAAGAUGGAGAGUUUGCCCAAUCACUGAGUGAUAUGCUCUUUGAAAAGCUUGGAUCUGGACAGACCCCUGGAGAACUUCUGAAUCCUUUAGUUCUGAAUUCAAUCUUGAACAAGGCUUUGCAGUAUAGUCUUCAUGGAGACUCUAAGCUUGCCUCUAAUCUGACCUUUGCUCUCAAAUAUCUGCCUGAAGUAUUCAAGCCCAAUGCACCUGAUGCUUUGAACUGUUUGGAACUAAGAUACAAGGUGAACUGGCCCCUCAACAUCGUGAUCACAGAAAGCUGCAUGAGCAAAUACAACAAGAUCUUUUCUUUUCUGCUGCAGCUAAAGCAUAUGUUCUGGACACUAAAAGAUGUCUGGUUCCAUUUAAAACGUACAGCUUUAGUGAAUCGUUUUUCAAAUUCAGUUCAAUUUCAUCAACUUCAACUCUAUCGGCAUGAAAUGCAGCAUUUUGUCAAAGUCAUCCAAGGUUACAUUGCUAAUCAGAUCUUGCAUGUGACCUGGUGUGAAUUUGUACACAAAUUAUCAUCGGUUGGAAAUCUGGAUGAACUCCACAGAACACAUGCAGAAUACCUUAACAAAGGCAUUUUCAGGGGAUUAUUAACAGAGAAAGCUGCUCCAGUGAUGAAUAUCAUACACAAUAUUUUCAGUCUGAUUCUGAAAUUCCGUAGUCAGUUGAUCUCUGAAGCCUGGCAGUAUGAUGCUGAAAAGCAAAUGACAAUUCAUCCCAACUUUACUGUGAUGCAGCAAUCCUACAAAACAUUUAAACAUUAUUCACACUUCCUUUUCAAAGUUGUGACUAAACUCGUCAAUCGGGGAUAUCAGCCACAUCUUGAGGAUUUCCUGUUGAGGAUUAAUUUCAAUAAUUAUUAUUUGGAUGUUUAACUGUUACGUAGUUCUCAGAAAUUCAUCUUUUAUGUUAUUGGAAAUCAAACUUAAAUUAAAAUUGAUCUAACUUGAAGUAAAUUAUUAAUGCCUGUUAAAUUUCAACCGUUAGCAAUUUUUAAAUUAUGCAUCUGUCCAUUUGUAUUUAUGUAUAUAUUUUUAUAUCUGUGCCAUAUAAAAAUCAGUGUUACAGUAAACUUUAUGCUGUAGUUAUGCAGAUACAAGGAUAUUUAAUGUUUUACUGUGCAGCAUUUGUAUGUGCUCCACGGUGGAAUGAAGCUUGAUGCUCUCAUUUAGUGGUCAGCUAUUGUUUGCAAUUAAAACAGUGUAUUUUGAGGCUGCAUAUCUUCACAUGAGCUUAAGUCUUUGUCAUGUUGAAUAAUUUUAAAAUUAAAAGUACAAUCACACUCCAAACAAUAAUGGAUUCAUUUCCCAAUCAAUCUUGGAUUUACCUGGGUCAGAGAAACUUAAUUCAUUUCAUAAAUA